AUGGCUACGGAAUACAAGCUCAAGGACAUCCAGUCCCUGGCCAGCAUCCCGAACUUCGAAAAGGUCGAGUCGGAGGUCGAGGGCCUGGAGAACGGAAAGGUGCUGGUGGUGCGGGUCAAUGACGACUUCCACGCGCUCAGCCCCCGGUGUACGCAUUAUGGCGCGCCGCUGAAGCUGGGUACGGUCUCGCCGGAUGGGAGGAUAACGUGUCCGUGGCAUGGAGCGUGUUUCAGUGUCACCACUGGAGAUGUCGAGGAUGCCCCCGCCCCGAAUGCGUUGAACAAAUACGAGGUCUACGAGAAGGACGGCGCAGUGUACAUUCGUGGAGACCAGGCUGCUAUUCUGGCUGGCCAGAGGAACCCCAACAUUCAAUGCGCCGUUGCGGCGCCGGAGAAGGUGGUCGUUAUUGGAGGAGGGAGCGGUGCGCUGGGUGCUGUGCAGACCCUACGAGAGCUGAACUUCAAGGGGAGCAUUACCAUUAUCACCAAGGAGCCGAACCUGCCUCUUGACCGCCCCAAGAUCUCCAAAGCGCUCAUCAGCGACCCGAAGAAGAUUGAGAUUCGCCCCGCGGAAUGGUACAAGGCCGCGUCCAUCGACAUCGUCCACGACGAGGCGACCGCUGUGGACUUCAGCGCAAAGACUGUCUCGACCAAGUCCGGCACGUCGUACCCCUACACCAAGCUCAUCCUGGCCACCGGUGGUAUUCCCCGGCAGCUGCCACUGGAAGGAUUCAAGGAACUGGGGAACAUCUUCCUCCUCCGAUUUGUCACGGACGCGCAGGCCCUUGUUAACGCCUUGGGCCAGGGCCGGAAGAAGGUCGUCAUUGUCGGCAGCUCCUUCAUCGGCAUGGAAGUCGGCAAUGCGCUGGCUAAGGACCACGACGUGAGCAUUGUGGGCCAGGAGGCAGCGCCUCUGGAGCGGGUGCUGGGCGUGGACGUCGGCAGGGUCUGCCAGAAGAACCUGGAGAAGGCUGGCGUGAAGUUCUACCUGUCAGCGGGCGUGGACAAGGCGACUCCUUCCGAGGCCGACCCGAGCAAGGUCGGCGCAGUGCAUCUGAAGGAUGGAACUGUCUUGCCGGCGGACGUGGUCGUCCUCGGGGUGGGUGUGCGCCCAGCCACGGACUUCCUGAGAGAGAACCCGGCCGUGACACUGGAGAAGGACGGCUCUUUACGGACGGACGAGUCGUUUGCCGUGGCCGGCCUGGGCGGCGACGUGUUCGCCGUCGGCGACAUCGCGACGUAUCCGUACCACGGGCCGGGCGCGGAGCCAGGCACGGGCACUCUGCUGCGGAUCGAGCACUGGAACGUCGCGCAGAAUGCCGGACGCAGUGUGGCGCGGACGAUCGUGCAUUCCUUGUCGUCGUCACAGCCGCUCAAGCCCAAGGCGUUCAUCCCGGUGUUCUGGUCGGCGCUGGGGCAGCAGCUGCGGUACUGCGGCAGCACGGCGGGCGGCUAUGACUCGGUGGUGCUGAAGGGCGAGCUCGAGAACGCCAAGUUCGCGGCGUACUACUGCAAGGGCGAGACGGUUGUGGCUGUUGCGACGAUGCAGAGUGACCCGAUCAUGGUCAAGUGUGCGGAGCUGAUGCGGCGGGGGAACAUGCCGUCGAAGAAGGAGAUUGAGGAUGGGGUGGAUGUGCUGGCUGUGGGCGUGCCCAAGAGCGUUGCUAUAUAA